ACCAACAACAAAUGCUUAUGGUUUUUGUACAUGUUAUUGUUGUGAUGGUCCAAGUUGUGAUCCAAUAUUCGAGGGUAAUAUCAAAAUUCCAUCGUGUGAUGGUUCUUCUUGUUUUGAAACUUGCAAGAAGACUUUUCCUUUAUCCUGUGCUAGUCAAACGACAGGCGUAGUCAAACCUGAUUGCAAGGAUGUAGAAGUUGUUAAUGAAACAACAACACCAUUAACUACUCCUUCAACACCAUGGCCACUUACAACUAAAGGAAAUAUAACCAUUACAACUACUACACCUACGACAACUUCAACAGAAACUACAACUACUACUAGUAACACUACAAGCGAAACCACUUCUACUACGACUACAACAGAUACUGCAUCUACUAAUAGUACCCACCCAACGUCACCACCAACAACAAACACAACUAUGACAACAUCAGUUUUAACACAAACAACUACAACAGCACAAUCUCCAACAACAACUUCUAAACAUGAUAGUGGUGCUUUUAUUCUUCGAGAAAGUCCAUCAUUUAUUGCUUUAAUUGUUACAUCAAUUCUUCUUAUUAUUAAAGUUAUGCUUUAA